CCCAUCCCUGCAGACCCCCCUGCCGUCAGCAUGGCAAACCGGGGCCCCUCCUACGGGCUGAGCCGGGAGGUGCAGCAGAAGAUCGACCGGCAGUACGACCCCGAGCUGGAGCAGGUGCUGGUGCGCUGGAUCCUGGCGCAGUGUGGCGGCGACGGCGGCAGCGCGGUGGCACAGCCGGCACCUGGCAGGGACGGCUUCCAGCAGUGGCUGAAGGAUGGCACGGUGCUGUGCCGGCUCAUCAACAGCCUCCACCCUCGGGGACAAGCGCCCGUGGCCAAAAUCCAGGCGUCGGCCAUGGCCUUCAAGCAGAUGGAGCAGAUCUCGCAGUUUCUGCAGGCGGCCGAGCGCUAUGGCAUCGCGGCCACUGACAUCUUCCAGACCGUGGAUCUCUGGGAAGGGAAGAACAUGGCGUGCGUGCAGAGGACCCUGAUGAACCUGGGCAGCCUGGCCGUGGCCAAGGGUGACGGGCUCUUCGUGGGAGACCCCAACUGGUUCCCCAAGAAGUCGCAGGAGAACCGGCGCGUCUUCUCCGAGGACAAGCUGAAGGAGGGCCAGAGCGUCAUCGGGCUGCAGAUGGGCACCAACCGGGGCGCCUCGCAGGCUGGCAUGACGGGCUACGGGAUGCCCCGCCAGAUCCUCUGAGGCCCUCCGGACCCCCCCAUGCCCCCAAACUGCCUUAACCCCCGCCGUGGACCAGCCGGGUGCCCCCCGGCCCGGGCAGCCGCCCGCUCGCCAGUUUUGUCAGGACCAAAGUCAUUUUUUA